UUCCAGGUUUGUGUUAAUUAUGAAAGAGGAAGAGGGGGGAGGGUGUUAGUGAGAAAUCAGCAGGUUAAGGGUUUAUUAGUUAGCUCCAAUAAUACGUUAUGCGAAAAUAAACGGAUCUUAAAAUAGCGCGCGUCCGAGUCUCUCUACACGUCAGCAAAACGGGAAAGGAAGAGAGAGAGCGAAGACAGGUGCGAUCAUAUAAAGUCAGUAAGCAAGGUGCAACUCUUCUAUAUAAAAUAGCAAGUGAAAAGGGUGCAAUUUGAAAAAGUCUGAAAAGAUGAGAGUCAAAAAUCAUGGGUGUAAACGCGUGCCUGUGAGCAAAGGCACCACUAUUUUGUAUGGAAAACCGUUUGCCUAUAUACUAAGAUCGGCGAUGCGUAACGAAAGAUGCGACCAUUGCCUAUUACGAAGCGGCAAAUUAUUAAAGUGCUCGGCUUGUCAAUAUGUAUAUUAUUGUAACCGCAAUUGUCAAAGAGAAUCAUGGUCGAUACAUAAGCUAGAAUGUGCGAAUUUGAAGAAAAUAUCGCCAAAGAUUAUGCCAGAUGCAGCGCGGCUUAUGGCACGUAUAAUUCUCAAACUCAAUCGAGGUGGGGCUGACCAAGUAGGCUAUUAUACUGAAAAAAAUUUCAGAAAAUUCAAAGACUUAAUGUCACAUUAUUCGGAUUUAAAGAAAGAUGCAAAGCGACUGGAGCAUUUCACCACAUUAUGUGCAGUUUUAUUUGAAUUUCUUGAGGGAGAAACAAUGCCCAACAUUGCAGAGUUGAUGGGUAUUUAUGGCAGAAUAUGUACUAAUUGCUUUAACAUAUUAGAUCUUAAUAUGAAUACCAUUGGAGCUGGUAUUUAUCUGGGAGCAUCUGUGAUAGAUCACAGUUGCAAACCCAAUGCAGUUGCUGUUUUCGAAGGAACUACUAUCAUUAUCAGAACAAUAGUGGAUCUUCCCUCUUUAGAUUGGUCACAGAUAAAAAUAUCAUAUAUUGAUUUACUCAAUUCUAACAAGGACAGACGCGAAGAAUUGUACAAUUCAUAUUAUUUUUGGUGUGAUUGUGAAAGAUGUAAGCAAGUGGAACCUAUGGCUGAAGCAGCCGCAUGUUCAAACUUAUCAUGUGAUUCUCCAUGUUUGAUUGAGGCUGACAAUUGUAAAACAUGUGGUACAAAAAUAUCAGAGGAAUUUAAAAACACGUUUCGAGAAGUCACUAACUUUACUAUUCACCAUUUAGAAGAAAUGAAGGCUAUGGCUUAUCUUGAUGUCAGUAAAAUAUGUUUGAAAAAACAGAAGAAUAUAUUACACAGAUUUAAUAUACAGCAUAUUCGUACUCUGGAAGCAGCUCAUAUUGCAGCUAUGAAUCUAAAAUAUUGGGAAGAUGCAGAAUUAUAUGGCAAAGAACUUAUUCCAGGAUAUUUAUUAUAUUAUGGAGAAAUACAUCCCUUGAUAGGAUUACUAUAUCUUAUGACUGGAAAGAUACAAUUGCAUUUGAACAAACCAAAAGAAGCACUUAAAGUAUUAGAAAAGGCAAGUGAGGUGUUAAUGAUAACACAUGGUGAUAAGCAUUCCUUAAUGAGAGAAGAAUUGAAACCUUUGCUUUACCAAGCUAUUAUGGAAUCAAAUGAAAAUAUUAACGGGGUGCAGUAAUUUUAAAAUUUUGUU